UACACCUCGUCACUUCGUAUGUCAAUAAAGAAUAGUAACGGCUAAUGAAGGAAGCUCAGGUUAAAGUCGACAAUGAAGAGAAUUUAAUGAUUAUUUACUGUACAUGGACUAGCUGCUAACGUUGCAUCUGUGUCCGGGAUGGUAAUUAUAUUAUCCGUGGGCUAGCUGUAAUGUAUUGAAAAUAAAGUAACUAACAUAUUAGUGUAUCACUUUAUUGUUGUUUACAUGGGUCCAACUCUUGCUGACCGAGCCCUUGGAGCAAUCAUUGGUUCAACUGUCGCCGACGCUGCAGCUCAGCCACUUCACUGGGUUUAUGAUCUACAAAAGCUCAGUGGAUAUUUGGAACCACACCAAGAGCCAGAGUUCCGACCCGAGUCUGCCAACCCGUUCUACAAAAGGGAAACAGGCAGCCAAAGCUGCUAUGGCGAUCAAGCCUUUGUGCUGCUGGAGUCCUUGUCCGAGUAUGGAGGCUUGAAUGUGGAAGAUUUGAAGCUCCGCACAUAUAAGUUCUUCGGGCCAGGAACAGAGUAUGACACGCCUGUCAAUGAUCCGCACCGAAAGAGACAAGGUCCCAGGCCUCAGCUGCCCAUAAAAGGCCCCUGGAGACAAGCAAGCCUAAAAACUUUUUUGAAAAAUGUGGACUUGGGCAAGUCAGAAACAGGAUGUAGCACGGACAAUCAGAUGGAUGGUGUGGCCAAGCUUGCACCCAUCGUGGUGUGUUAUGCAGGAAAGCCCGAGAUGCUGGAGAAGGUGGAGGAUGCUGUGAGGGUCACCCAAAACAAUGAUGCGUGUGUGGCGGUGACUCUUGCUGCCGCAAGGUUCCUGGAGCAUUUCAUUCUGAAUGGGCCUGAUCCUAAUGCACUGGACACAGUGCUGGAGCAGCUUAGUGACCCAAACAGAAAGAAUCCACAGGAGCUGGACAAGGCUGUAGCAGGAUAUAUUCAUCAAGUGAGGGACAAUUUGAACAUGUCCCCAAAGCAGCUACUUCCUGUGGUGUUUUCAAAUACCUGAGGUCUGCCUGGUGCAUUCCAAGCAGCAGUGCAUGGUGUCCUGACGGCCAUGGAUUUCGAGCAGGCCGUGCGGGACACCAUGCGCUGCGGGGGAUGCACCUGCAGCCGGGGCUCCUUCAUUGGGGCAUGUAUCGGGGCCCAGGUUGGUCUUCAAGGGAUCCCAGAUUCAUGGAAGAGCAGGACUUUCAGGUACACCACUGUUUUGGAGUUGGCCAAGAAGAUUGUUGGUCCAGAUGAAGCAUAGACUUCAUUUUUCUUUUUCUUUCUUCCUUUCUUAAUUUUUAUUUUUUCAGUGCCUAAUUCUUUUCCACGGCUCCUGUGAUUGAUGAGACAAUUCAUGAAAGCUUAAACCAAAAUAAAUGGUUUAAACUUGAUUUAUUUGAUCUGUUACAUUACAGCAUGCCAUGUUAUAUUUUACUAAUUCUUUUAUUCUUUGUUCUUUUCUGAAAAUGUUUGAUUGGUAAGAUGGAGGGGUCCUGGGCUUGUGUAAGUCAGUAAUUGUGGACAGGUAAUAAUUGUUGCUUAAUAAUUACAAGUUAAUAAUUGCAGGUUAAUGAUUAUCUGAGAAAAUGCAAUGGCUUCUGUUUUAUUUUAGUAGUAUAUGUACCUCUUCACAUUGGUGGCAAACUUUGCAGCCAAUAUUUCUUGUGUGUACCUGUCUCUAUAGUGAGGUUCUUCAUCAGAGUUGGUUUUUCAUCAGAUACCGUCGUCAGGUAGUCUUCCAUGGUGUUCUGUCUUUUUAGGGUCAGACAACAUUGUAUUUUAUGUGAUUUUUGUUUGUUUUUUGCAAUAAAUUACAUAUUUUUCCCCUUA